AUGGCGUACGCCGGCCCGCCCAACGGCUUUGCCCAGCCGUCCUCGUCCCGCAGUGGCCUCUUCCCCGCCGCAGCGGCCGCCGAUGCCCCGCGCCAGUCCAUGCUCGGAGACGCGCAGUUCGACAUCUUUGAGUGGCAUCCCGCGUACCAAAGCUGCCAGCGCUACUUCCUCGACCACGCCCAGCACGACGGCUCCGUCCAGGCCGUGGCCGCGCUCAUCAACAUCUGCCUGCCCUUUCAAUGGUCGGCGAACCCCAUUGUCAGUUCGUCGGGGCUCGCGCCGCCGGGCACGGGGCCGGGGUCGUAUCCCGCAUCCUGGUCCAGGCAAGGACCGACGCCACAUGCCCCGCGGCCUGGCGCUCCCGUCUGGGUUUCGCUGGUGCCCUUCAUCCGACGCCUGGUCGUGACCGGCUUCGACAAGGAUGGCAUCCUGCAUGGCUUCUUCGGGGACGAGUGGCGGAAAGGCGUCGGCCCGGUGCAGGAAUGCGAGCGCCGCAACUAUCUGUUCGCGGCCAAAAGCGUUGGAUGGGCAAAAGUCAAGUAUCAGUACGACAUCUCGCCACAUGAGACUGUUCCGUUCAUGAAGCCGCUGCAGAACGUCCAGCUCGAGGAGAUUGAGGCGGCCGAGAAGACGUGGAGUGAAUGGCUGGCCAUGGAGGACUGGAUGGUGGGCCCGCGGGCCCCCGAAGCGAUGGACGACGUCCCUGCAGACAGCAUCGAGCGCCACUGA